UUUUCUCAACUGCCUAUAAAAAGCAAGAAGAAGCGUCCGUCUACCAGGUCUGGAUCAGCGUACGUUAGCAUUUGCACUUUAGCUUUGGAGCUUCAUGAUUAUGUCUACAGGCUUCCUCCUCACAGUCCGAAAUGUCUGAGCUUGUGGAAGAUUUAGUGUCGCCCUCCUCUUUAAACGCCAACACCCAGGAAGACUGCAGUAACCCUCCGGGCGGCGAGGACUACCUGUUUGUGGAGGCCCGGCACCCCAACACCGUCCUGCAGGGCCUCAACACCCUGCGGCUCUUCAACUCCUUCUGUGACGUCACUCUGUGCUGUGGCGGACAGGAGUUCCCCUGUCACCGCAUCGUGUUGGCUUCCUUCAGCUCUUACUUCCAGACCAUGUUCACCACCGACCUGAAGGAGUCCAAGCAGGAGCGUGUGGCCAUCAAUGGAGUGGAGCCACAGAUGAUCGGCAUGCUGGUGAGGUACGCCUAUACGUCAGCGGUCUACAUUUCCAAAGCAAAUGUCCAGGCUUCCUCCUCACAGUCCGAAAUGUCUGAGCUUGUGGAAUAUUUAGUGUCGCCCUCCUCUUUAAACGCCGACACCCAGGAAGACUGCAGUAACCCUCCGGGCGGCGAGGACUACCUGUUUGUGGAGGCCCGGCACCCCAACACCGUCCUGCAGGGCCUCAACACCCUGCGGCUCUUCAACUCCUUCUGUGACGUCACUCUGUGCUGUGGCGGACAGGAGUUCCCCUGUCACCGCAUCGUGUUGGCUUCCUUCAGCUCUUACUUCCAGACCAUGUUCACCACCGACCUGAAGGAGUCCAAGCAGGAGCGUGUGGCCAUCAAUGGAGUGGAGCCACAGAUGAUAGGCAUGCUGGUGAGGUACGCCUAUACGUCAGCGGUCUACAUUUCCAAAGCAAAUGUCCAGGCGACGACCUGUUCCAGAUUCGGGGUCAAAAUGGUUUAGUGUAUAACAGCAUGGAUCCUCUCACAAGAGUUUCUGGAACACAGGAAGUGUCCGCCACAGCAGAUCAUACCCUUGAAACCUUCUAUCCCGUGUCGCCUACGGUGGACUUGCAGAAAGUGCAUGUGUACAAGGAAGACGU